GCUUUUGAUCUCACCUGUUUUCCUCAUAGUUGGGUGUGCCACGGCUAUGGCAUCUAUCCAACGUUGUUGUGCAAAGAAUAUAACGAGGACAACUAUAAUCGAAUGAUGGGUUUUGCACUUCUAGCACUCAAUAGUAUCAAUGACCAGACUGCCUACUCCGAGACUGCUGCCACCACCAAUGGCAGAAUAUAUAAGUUCGUGGGUAUAAACAAGGCCGCUUGUGUGAGGCCUUCUCAGAUUAUUGUUUCCAUGACUGUUGAGGAGAUUAGUUCCACUGUUGAUGCUCCCAGAACAGAAACUAUUGUGGCAGAAAUUUAUCCUGAUCAUGGUGCUGCUAAGGAUAAAAAGGUUUUAGAUUGGAUGUUUUAUCAGGGCUCGAGUAAUGAUGAGAUGACUGACAAAAAUGACACCCGUGUCUUUGUCCUGGCCCCCUAUGAG